UAAGGUUAUAAAUUUCCUGUCUCUUGUGAUGAUGGCUCUUUAUUUUUAACUUGACCUUACAUAAACAAUAAUGAUGGAUAUUUUCCGAAAGGAUUUCAAUUAUUACAAGCAAAAGGAUUCCUCCUUGCAAGAUGUGCUGAAUUUCAACGACUUUAGUUCUAUAAAGGAUAAAGUCGAAAAAAUAGAAGUAUGUACUAACUGUGAGUCAAUGUUCGGCUUAAAACAUCCAAAAGAAUGGGAGAUAUAUAAAUUAAUUAGUAACAGCGGUUUUAUAUUUAUUAAAAAUCCAUUUACACCCGUUGGCCAAAGGUAUUGGAUUAUGAGGUGCCUAAAAGAUUACCCACGAUCACCCAACAAAACCAAUUUAGAUGCUCAUUCGGUUAUAGGCGAAUGGUCACCUUUCAAUGACAGUAAUGGCAAUAAUUUACUGCUCAAUAAAUUAAGAUGGGCAACUUUGGGAUAUCACCAUAACUGGAAUACAAAGGUUUAUAGUGAGGAUUCCAAAAGUGAUUUUCCAGCCGAUUUACAAUUACUUUCGCAAUACGUAGCGAAGGUUUUACAAUUUGAGUCCUUUAUCGCUGAGGCAGCGAUAGUCAAUUUUUAUCAUAUGAAUUCGAGAUUGUCAGGGCAUACCGAUCACUCGGAACAGUCCCUGGACUCCCCACUGUUUUCAUUUAGCUUUGGGCAAACAGCGAUUUUUUUGCUAGGCGAUAUAACCGUGGAUGUAAAACCAGCUGCAAUGUUUUUAAGUAGUGAAGAUUUACUUUUUUAAAUCAUUUGCUUCGAAUGGCCGUAUCAUUUGUUGAAUGUUGAACUGUACCUUAAUAAUUAUUCCGCAGAGUUUACAAUUAGGUAGUUCAAGAGUUGUAGGUGUUUUGAAAAUUAAAAGUGUAAUUGUGAUUAAUUUUAUUUGUUGUUAGUAUUAUGUAGGAUGUAAACUAAAGCUGUAUAUAUUCAUUAUUAAUGUGCACAUGUUUCAUCUUUCUUAAUUAAAUUUUGUUGUAGUAUACUUUAGUGUCCAAAUUGUUAUUAUUCACAUUCUGUACAAAUUUUAAACUAAAUGGUGAUUGGAAGGUA